CUGAGCGCGUGAUGUGCGUCCCUAGGCGGCGGUGAACUACGCUUCCCAAUACUCUUAAGCAAUGGAAGUGACGUAAAGAGCAGACAGAGUUGGAGGGUUCGGGUGAAAAUGGCUGAAUAUUUAGCUUCGAUAUUCGGGACUGAGAAGGACAAGGUUAACUGCUCUUUUUACUUUAAGAUCGGGGCCUGCCGGCACGGGGACCGGUGCUCCCGGCUUCACAACAAACCGACUUUCAGCCAGACCAUAGUGCUGCUCAACCUGUACCGGAAUCCACAGAACACGGCCCAAACCGCAGACGGAUCGCACUGUCACGUGAGCGACGUGGAGGAGGUGUUCACCGAACUGCAGGAGAAGUACGGGGAGAUUGAAGAGAUGAAUGUGUGCGACAACCUGGGGGACCACCUCGUGGGCAAUGUCUAUGUCAAGUUUCGCCGCGAGGAGGAUGCAGAGCGGGCAGUGGCUGAACUCAAUAACCGCUGGUUCAAUGGGCAGGCUGUACAUGCCGAGCUGUCUCCUGUCACCGACUUCCGGGAGUCAUGCUGUCGGCAGUAUGAGAUGGGGGAAUGUACCCGCGGUGGCUUCUGCAACUUCAUGCACCUGCGACCCAUCUCCCGGAACCUCCGGCGACAGCUCUAUGGGCGCGGACCCAGGCGCAGGUCACCCCCUAGGUCUCAGGCCAGCCACCGUCCCAGAGAAAGAAACCGACGACGAUCCCCAGACCAUCGGCAUGGCCGCUUCUGAGACCCCGGACCCCUUGCCCUCCAUCCCUGACAGGCACAGAUGUUCCUGGCCAGGACGCCUCCUCAAAGCUUCCCUAACUCCCCACCGCCAUCUUCCCCAGCCUCCAGGGCUCCAGGAUGUAAUCUGUUCUACACAGGGCCCUUUUCCUACCGUCCCUCCCCUAAUAAAGUUGUGUAUUGAAGCUGUAGAGCUUCGUUGUUAGCUCGAGCCUGGCUGCGGGCUGGAGUUUCCUCCCACCCCCACGUCUGACGAGAAGGGGAAGUGGGGCUGGGCUCUGGCCACAACCUCAGCGGAGUAAUCUCGAACAGGUGAGAAAGCAGCGGGCUCAGAGCCCAGGACCCUAGAAACCCCCAAGUGGGACCGGUGGGGUGGGGACACCUUUGUGCUGGUAACUUCAGUACAUCCACCAGAGGCUUCUCAGGGGAAGCCGCCUGGUGGUGGCAGAUUGGAGGAUCCCCAGCCCAGAAGAGAUUGAGUUUA